GGGAGGCCCUCCCGCCUGCAGGCGCGCUGCGCACGCUGGGCAGAGCUCUAUGGUCGGAGCGAGGCGCUCCGGCCGCUUGUCUCGACGGUCCCCGCAGCCGGGAGGUCACGUGACCGUGGCGGGGGCGGGCAGGAGGUGUCGCAUCAUGGCGGCGGGGAGCGGUGUCGGGGCCGGUGCCGGCAGCGCUCGGGCCUUCAGGCACAGAACGGCUCCAUUCUGGCUGGUAAAAGAGUAAAGAAGAGGAGGACCGAGAGAGAUAGCCUUUGGAAGCGGUGUGACACCUGGGAGGGGGACACUGCAGGGAAUCCCUAAAGAGAAGAAGAAGAAGAAGAGAAUAGUGACAAUGAGGGAAAGGACUGAGAGGCAGAGCUGGAGCUGGUGAAGAAGAGAGGAGAUUGGUUUCAGGUGUUGCCAGGGGAGGACCUUGUCAGGAUCGAGCAGAGCCGGGUUGUUGCAGGGGGGUACAACUCUCAUGACAGCUCCCCAGCACAAAGCACAAGCGUGCUGUGGGAGAAGCACAGUUCCGUAGUCCAGGCUCCCCAGCAAACACAUACUCCAGGAGCCCUCUGCCUUUACUUACACUGAUCGUUUGUGCCACUGAGACGGAGCUAUCGUCAGAACUAAGGAUGCCACUCUUCUUCCGUAAGAAGAAACCCAGCGAUGAUGCUCGGAAGCGCCUUGAAUACCAAAUGUGCCUGGAGCUGUGGACCGGUGCUGGCAUAGGGGAUCUGCUGUGCUCUACCCCAGAGGCACCUGCCUUUUAAAAGUGACAAAAUUAUGCCUGUUGGAUGUCUCUAAGGCAAAAGCAGCUGGUGCUGAUGACAUUCUUGACAUAUCCAAAUGUGAACUCUCAGAGGUUCCUUAUGGGGCAUUUGCAACUUGUAAAGUCUUGCAAAAAAAAGGUGCUGAUUAUUCAUACGAAUAAUCUGACAUCUUUAGUUCCAAAGUCCUGCAGCCUCAUGAGUCUCAUAACUGUGAAGGUUCUGGACCUGCACAACAACCAGCUGGCAUCACUUCCUGCUGAUAUUGGUCAGCUGACAUCUCUUCAGGUCCUAAACCUUGAAAGGAAUCUUUUAAAAUGUCUUCCGCAAUCUAUAGGAGAACUUGCCCAGCUCCAGAUGCUCAAUGUGAAAGGUAACAAGCUGAAGGAGCUGCCUGCUACUGUGAGUGGCUUGCGGAGUUUGCGCACUCUGGAUAUCAGCGAGAACGUGCUGCAAGAACUGCCGCGGGUGCUGGCUCACAUCCGCACGCUGGAGACGCUGACCUUGGAUGCUUCUUCCAUGACCUACCCAUCACCUGAUAUUUGCAGUGCAGGUACAGAGGCCAUUCAGCAGUUCCUCUGCAAAGAGUGUGGAAUUGCGUACUACCCUCCCUUGCAGUAUCUGCCCGCCGCGCUGGAGAGCGAUGGAGGAGGAACAUCGGAGGAUGGGGUGGACAGGGCAGUGCAUAAGUACUUGGAGGAGGAGAGCGAGUGGCAGAACAAAUUCUUGGAUUAUGAGAAGAGGAAGGAAAAAAAAAUGCAGGAGAAGCUGGAAUUUGAGCGACGCCUGAGCAUGGGGCAAAGAGAACAUGCUCUGCUUGUUCAGCAGAUCAACAGUCAGAAGGAUGAGAUGCUGCAGACAGUGAGAGAGGACCAGAUGAGGCUGGAGGAGGGUCUGACAAAGCACCAGCGCUAUUUGGAGGAGGAGCGCCUGAAGCUGCUGCAGCAGUUGAAGCAAGCGGAGCAAGGCAUUGCCAGCCGUAUCCAGAAGCUGCUAGAGGACAAUCAGAGGCAAAAACAAAGUUCAGACAUUCUGAAAUCCUUGGAGAAUGAGAGAAUAAGGAUGGAACAGCUGAUGGCAAUAACACAGGAGGAGACGGAGCAUCUACGCAGAAGGGAAGUGGCCUCUGCCAUGCAACAAAUGCUGGCUGAGAGCUACAAGAACAAGCUCAUCCAAAUGACCUACGAGUCUCGUCGGCAAGACCUCGUCAACCAGGCCUGCUCCAGCCUAGCUGAGAUGGACCAGAAGUUCCAGCAAAUCCUGGCUUGGCAACAGCUGGAUCAGAACAAGGCUGUUAGUCAGAUCUUGCAGCAGAUUGAGAUGCAGAAAGCUGCCUUUGAAGCUCUCCAAGUGAAGAAGGAUCUAAUGCACAGGCAGAUCAGGAACCAGAUUAAAUUAAUAGAAACAGAGUUAUUGCAGUUGACACAGCUGGAGUUAAAGAGGCAAGAACUGGACACAGAGACGCUGCAGGGGGUGAUCACAGAGCAACGCCAAGCUCUCGGCUACCUGCUGCAGCAGCUGCUCAAAGAAAAGAAGCAAAGGGAAGAAGAACUGCAGCAAAUACUGCUGGAAAUGGAGGCAAAGAGCGAAACCAAACAGGAGAACUACUGGCUGAUCCAGUACCAGCGCCUGCUGAACCAGAAGCCCCUCUCCCUGAAACUCCAGGAGGAGGGCUUGGAGAGGCAGCUGGUGAACCUUUUAAUCGAGCUGUCUGCUGAACAGUACGUGCCAGUCUUUGCACACCAUCGAGUAUCCUUGCAAGCGCUCAGCACCAUGACUGCCAGUGACCUGGAAAAGAUCGGCGUGACGGAGGCUGGCCUGCAGCGUGCCAUCCUCAAGCGAGCUCAGGAGAUCCUGGCUGUGGCCAAGACGAUCCCAGAGCUGCUGAGGGUGGUGGAUGCCGAGGUCCCUGGAGCCCCAGAACCCAGCGCUCCCUUCAAGGAGCCUCCAAGCCCUGUGGUCCCAACGGUUUCCCCGCUGCAGUGGGACGAGAAGAAGUCAGAGUGCGUUGUCUGCAUGGAGCAGGAGACCCAGAUGAUUUUCCUGCCCUGUGGCCACGUCUGCUGCUGCCAGACCUGCUGCGAGCGGCUGCACACUUGUCCCCUGUGCCGCAGGGACAUCGCACAGCGCAUCCGUAUCUUCCACAGCGGCUAGGCAGGGCGGAGGAAGGCGAGGCUGCCCAGCAUCGCCUGCGUCGUCCCUUCCCGGGGUGAUGUGCCUCUCCUGCUCCGUGUCAGUAUUAAAGACGCUAGCACAGCAUGACCAGCACUGCCCUCCCCGUGCACGGCCCCGGGCUGGCUGCCGGCUGCACCCAGGAGUCUUGGCAUCCUCCACGUUCCCGAUGGCUUCUCAGCCUCUGCCUUGGGUCCCCUCUACAUCUGCGUCCCCUCCUGCUGCCUGCCCGCCCAGCACCCUCCUGGCUGGUGGAACCAGGCACACUUCUGCCCCCUCCUCCCUGGCCGAUGUAUUUGCGUUCAGCAAUGCCCUCGCUGCGCAGGGACACAGUUAGUGCCAUCUCUGAAGCCACCUUGACCUUGCAGCUCCACCGCUGCGGCCGGGGCACUGCCGUGCUCCUGCAUCGAGCGCUGUUAGCCAGAGGUAGGUGAAUCUCCUGUGGGAGGACUCAGCCAGGGGCGGGCGAUGCUCUGGCGUGCUGGCGGUGCCUUGCACCAACGUCAUGCCAAAAGUCUGGGGCUUCUGCUCUGGCAACCCAUGGGGGUGUGUCCAGGGCGCCGGUGGGCUGCAGCCGUGGGCAGCGGUGCCCGGGCAGAGCGAGCAGCUCCCUGACCCCUAAUUCCUCCUCCUGGUGUAGGGGAGAGUCUGCAGCGGCCCCAGAUCCGGGACGCGAGGGACCCGCUCUGGCCAGAGGAGCCCGGUGGGAUUCCUCACCCAAAAUCCUCGGGCUGUGAGCAGAAGGUGCUGCUGCCACGGCAGCCGGCACAGCGAGGGGGUGGCUGGGCUGGGGCUGCGCCCGGUGCAGCUCUGCAUGGCCGCUGUGCAUUGGCAUGUGCGUGGUUCUCCAUCGGCAUUAAUAAGUAACGAUCCCAGUCAGUCUUUUGUCUCUUGACCUUGAAGUAUAAAACGCAGAGAUAAGCCCGGUCCCGCCGCAGCCCUUCCCCCAGGAGAAGCUAUUAAAAAGCAGCUGGUUUCUGCUGG